ACAUAAUAAAAAGUGACAGUAAAUUAUAUAUAACACGAAAUUACAAUAUCUUAGUAGUCGCCAUAAUCUUCAAGUUUUAAAAGAAGCAUUGAAACCGCGCUGUUAAUUUUACGAAUAAAAUGCAUUUCUUUGGAUUCUACGCGGCAUUUUUCGCAGUUGUAUUCGUUAUGGUUGUUGGUCAAGGAUUCCUUCCUAGCGGUUAUAUCCAUCCGUCGUGUUUGGAAUGCAUGUGUCAGGCAAGUUCCGGAUGUAAAGAUACACAAUGUCACAGCAAUGGACCGAACCAGUACUAUUGUGGACCUUUUCAUAUCUCAUACACAUAUUGGGUUGAUGGAGGAAGUCCAGGAGCAGAUCCUAAUAAUCCUUUCGAUUUCGAAGAAUGUCUGAACGAUAGAUCAUGCGCUGAAGGUGCAGUCAGAGGUUACAUGCAAAAAUGGGGACAUGAUUGCAAUUAUGACGGACUUGUCGACUGUUACGAUUAUGCCAGGAUACACAAAUCAGGACCGUAUGGUUGUAACGGUACGUGGGUUACGAGUACAGAUUAUUGGAAAGUUUUCUUGAAUUGUUACGAACAAUCGUAAAAACAGGAUGUAAACAAAUUUGAACCAUGUUACGAAACAGCUAAUAAUUCACGGAAUGCUUUAUUAAUAUUUUCACUCUUUACAAGAUAUGCAUGAAAUCACGAUUAUAUCAAACGUGCGGCAGGUGCUUGUUCUACAUUCUCACGUUUUUAGCAGGUGAAAGCAAAUUUUCCUGUUUAUAUUACCGAACGUGGACCCUUGUUUUUUACAACUGUACAGAAAUUAAAUGUAAAAAGUUUGUAACUUAAAUAAGAAAUAACAACUUUACUGUAUAUCUUUCUUUUAUUACUAAACUAUAAUGUACCAAAAAUUCUGAUAGAUGACUGAUGUAAACAAAAAAAAAUGACAUGAUCAUACAAAUUGAUGAUAUUUGAAUGUAUAUUUUACUUCAGGAAUCCCAAUAAUCCAUAAUUUCUGUGCCAUAAUUAGCAUGUAGAUCUGUAUGAAAAAUAUAGCUUCAGUUUAGAUCUGUAAUCUGAGCUUUUACAAUAAAAAGGUAUAAAGUCUC